AUGAGGGGUUUUGCUCAACUUCCUUCAGCUGUCUUGAAUGGUGGAUGGAGUGCUGACCCUCAGGGUGGACUGUUAGGUAACCUUCUACUUCUAGAAUGGCAGGUGGAACUUACAUGGAGCCUUUGCACUAAGCUACAAUUGAAGUCGAAAAGCAGAGCAAUGAGUUACAGGCCUGUUCCUGGUGAGCCUCCACCCCCACCCCCGCCAGAGUAUGCGCCGCCGCCGCCGCCCCCUCCCCCGCCGCCGCCAGACUACCCUCCUCCUCCAAGCCCCCCACCACCACCUGGCUAUCAGGGUUACUAUUAUCCGCCGCCGCCGCCAAACCCAACUCCACCCCCGCCCCCUUCACACCAAGAGGAUGGUGAACCAAACUGCUGUUCAGUCCUCAGAGGCUGUUUGGCUGCAAUUUGUUGCUGCUGGAUAUUGGACGCAUGCUGUAAUUAG